AUGUUUGAGUCAGCACCAGUUUAUGAAGAUGCUCUAUGGGAGUAUUCGUAUAUGGGAGUGCAAAAGUUCAAGAGUAAGGUGAACAGGUGUGUACUUGCGCCACAUAAAGCCGGCAAAAAUGUAACCUGUCAUCAUUUGGAGAAGAACGGUCUGUCGGGAAGUUUGGUACGUAAUACAUUUUGCUCGAGUGCGGUAUCGAUGUGCGGAUCUAUCUACAGAAAUUGGCUUUGGGACAAUCGGGUACCAUGCAACUUGGCAAAUGUGAAUGUGUUUUAA